AUACCGUAUUUAUAUUCCAAAACUCUCCCCGUUUCCUUCGCACCCUCUCUGUCUAACCCUCGCCACCGGGUCUUGUUUUGCCUACUCUUCGGUUUUGUAAUUACACAGCGCCGAAACGAAACCCUAGAUCUAACCGCAAGGUCGGAAAUCCACCUCCACCGGUUAAAGAUGGUGUCGGACGCAAGCAAGAAGAAGGCAGCUCAGAAGAAGGCCGCAGCCGCCGCCAAGAGAGGCGGUAAGGCCGCCGCUUCCUCUAAGGCCAAGUCUGCGUCGGACUCUCAGAACGGAGGUGUUGACAAGGUUUCCGACGGACUUGCGGGUUUCCAGAUAUCUGAUCGGACUUGCACGGGCGUGCUCUGCUCGCAUCCACUAUCUAGGGAUAUUAGGAUUGAGUCUUUAUCAGUUACUUUUCAUGGACACGAUCUCAUCGUUGAUUCAGAACUUGAACUGAAUUAUGGCAGACGAUAUGGGUUGCUUGGGUUAAAUGGAUGUGGAAAGUCAACUCUUCUAACUGCAAUAGGGUGUCGCGAACUCCCGAUACCAGAUCACAUGGAUAUUUAUCACCUCUCCAGAGAGAUUGAAGCCUCUGACAUGUCUUCACUUGAGGCUGUCAUAAACUGUGAUGAGGAGAGAUUAAAGUUGGAGAAGGAAGCUGAAAUUUUAGCAGCACAGGAUGAUGGAGGUGGAGAGGCCUUGGAGCGUCUAUAUGAGCGUCUGGAAGCCAUGGAUGCAUCAACUGCCGAGAAACGUGCUGCUGAAAUUUUAUACGGUCUUGGUUUCAACAAAGAGAUGCAGGCAAAGAAAACACGUGAUUUUUCUGGUGGUUGGAGAAUGAGGAUUGCAUUAGCUCGAGCUUUAUUUAUGAAUCCGACAAUUCUGUUGCUUGAUGAGCCUACCAAUCAUCUUGAUUUGGAAGCUUGUGUCUGGUUGGAGGAGACCCUUAAGAACUUUGACCGCAUUUUGGUUGUGGUAUCACACUCCCAGGACUUCCUGAAUGGUGUCUGCACGAAUAUCAUACAUAUGCAAAGCAGGAAGUUGAAGCUCUACAGUGGUAACUAUGAUCAGUAUGUUCAGACUCGUUCUGAACUGGAAGAGAAUCAGAUGAAGCAGUACAAGUGGGAGCAGGAGCAGAUUUCUAACAUGAAGGAGUAUAUUGCCCGUUUUGGGCAUGGUUCAGCAAAACUAGCUCGACAGGCACAGAGCAAAGAGAAAACUCUUGCAAAAAUGGAGCGGGGUGGUCUCACUGAGAAGGUGGCUAGAGACCAAAUUCUGGUCUUCCGUUUUGUUGAUGUUGGGAAACUUCCCCCUCCUGUCCUUCAGUUUUCUGAAGUAACUUUUGGCUAUACACCUGAGAAUCUCAUCUACAAGAAUAUUGAUUUUGGGGUAGACUUGGAUUCAAGAAUAGCUCUGGUUGGACCCAAUGGUGCUGGGAAGAGUACGUUGCUGAAGCUGAUGACAGGGGAUUUGCAUCCUCUUGAUGGCAUGGUCCGGCGUCAUAAUCACCUUAGAAUUGCUCAAUACCAUCAGCACUUGGCUGAGAAACUUGAUUUGGAACUGUCUGCUCUUCUGUAUAUGAUGCGGGAAUACCCAGGAAAUGAGGAAGAGAAGAUGAGGGCUGCUAUUGGGAAAUUUGGACUCACUGGCAAAGCACAGGUGAUGCCAAUGAAUAAUCUGUCUGAUGGACAGAAGAGCCGGGUGAUCUUUGCAUGGCUAGCAUACAGGCAACCUCAAUUACUACUUCUGGACGAACCUACUAAUCAUUUGGAUAUCGAGACAAUUGAUUCGCUGGCAGAGGCGUUGAAUGAAUGGGAUGGAGGCAUGGUUCUUGUUAGUCAUGAUUUCAGGCUAAUCAACCAGGUUGCCAAGGAGAUUUGGGUGUGUGAAAAUCAAGCUGUCACCCGGUGGGAGGGUGACAUUAUGGAUUUCAAGCGGCAUCUGAAGAGCAAGGCUGGUUUGUCUGAUUGAGCCAGAUAGGAGGAGUUUGAAGAUUACAGCACUUCUCAGUGUGCUGCAUCCUGGCCUACAAGCCAUCACCGCCAGGUGGGGGGAUGAAUUCUGACCACAUCUGGAUGAUGCUUACCUGGGGUUGAUUCGCUGAUUGGGAGGCUACAAUAGUAUUGUUUGGAGCUGACAUAUCACGCUAUAUCUGUGCUCUGUUAGCCGAUGGUUUUGUUGUUUUGAUUUAUUUUACAUUUGUCAGCAUAACGUAUUAUUGGAUGUUGAGGAAGGUGGUAUGAACCAAGUAUUUAUGAUGAUACACACUAUCUAGACUGCCGCAGUUAAAUUUUAGUUAUAUUUUUGUACUCUUAAAGCA